UAGGAGUUGAAGCAAUUUUGUAGUGUAUAAACAGCAACAACAGCGAUAUAUUUUGCAAGAGAAGGAGCUCAACAACUCGCAAGAAGGCCGCAAGCAAUAGUAACCGACAAAAGGAUUACGGUGAAUUGCUAAUUGAAAAGGUUCACCCGCUGGAGGCCCAGCAUGGAGGCCCAGACGGCACUGGUGCUGACAAUCCAGCUGAUUGCGCUGUUCUCGAUUGCCGGUGCACUGCUCCUGUACCUGUUGUGUAAGGUUCGGGCAACGCGCGACGAUGGCCAAGGUCCGCAAAAGGGUUCAAUUCUGGUGACAUGUGCGGACACCGCACUCGGUCUGCAGAUUUGUACCUACUUCGCCAGUAAAGGCCAUCGGGUGUUUGCUGGUAUGAAAGAUCCCGUAGAGUCUCUGCCUGCCAAACUGCUGAAAGGUUGGAUGAAAAUGCGCGAGAACUCGGACACCCCCGUUGCCGGUUCGGUCGUUCCGCUGCGCAUGGAUGUUACGCGAGAGGAUAUUCUACGGGAAGCUGCCGAGGCCAUGGGAAUUCAUCUGAAUGCUGGAGAACGCGGCAUUUUGGCCGUCAUCAACACUGCUGGUUCGGUGUACCGUGGACGGAUCGAUUCGCAGGACUCACUCCAGUGGGAAAACAUGUUCAAGAACAACGUGAUGGGCUGUUUGCGAACGGCUAGGGCAUUUAUAGGACUCCUACGUCCAACCCGCGGUCGAUUGAUUCUGUUGGGCUCGGGUAAUGAGGAUGAUGGACUGACCGUGUUCACGGCAACACGAAACGCUGUUCAAGGAUGCGCGGACGCACUCCGCAAGGAGCUUAGACCGUACGGAGUCAACGUGGUAACGCUGGACUCACGAGGAGUCCCUGCCGAAGCUCUGUUCAAGGCACCGAUACCGUACACAAUCUCUGACGAAGAAGGCGUACCGACUCAGUACAGUGCCGAAGUGCUGACCAAUUCUGCCCUCGGUGUCAUCGAGCGAGCCCUCUACGAUACCCGACCCAGCGAAACCUACUGCUUGUCGGUGCCGAAUCCAAAAUUCCAAGUCAAAUUUCCCUGCCGAUCGUCAUUUAAGACAACCGGAGCGGGCAGCGGCAACGGUUGCCAGCAGGAACCGAAACAGAUACAGAACGUUUGAAUCGCUUUGGUUCGUCCCGACGAACCCGUAUGUAAUAACUUCUAAGUUGCUAACGUUCUGUGUCGCUGCUUGUUGGUAGUCGCUUCUGCCUGUUUCCGAGCACACAGUGUCGAAUGUGUCGAAAAUCAGAGCCAGAGAUUUCAAAUUGUGCCUUUUUAUAUCUAUAUUUCCCGUUAUUUUCCCCAAUGAUGAAUCAGAACAACUGGAACUGGACGCUUAUUUUUCAAGUGAACGGUUCUCAAAAUUGAUUAAGAACAAAAAAUGAUAGUGAUGGAAAAUGUGAAACACAACGAACAACUUUAAAACUCGUUUUUCGUCCAGUGUACGUGUUCGCUCUGUUUGUGAGUGCCAACACAAAGUUUAAAAGAUGGCUUCUUGUAAAGUUUUGUUUUUAGUUUUACUGGUUAUCUUUUAUGUAUUAUAACAAUGUCGGAAUUGAAACGAAUAAGAUUUCUACUUAAUAGUAAUAAAAA